GCCAAUAGCCCCGCGCGUUGCGUCUAUGUAUUGUGAUGUCAUGACGUUUAAGGUUCCCUCCCUCUAUAAAGGCAGGAUCCCAGCAGAGGGAGGAGACAGUUAAGGUUUCUUCGGAGGGUGUGUAGUACGUACUAUUUGUGUACCUACAGCGGAAGUGUUUUUUAAAAAGGAUUUGUUCCUUAAAGAGAGUAAAGAAAAAUGGCCCGUACCAAGCAGACUGCCCGUAAGUCCACUGGUGGCAAAGCUCCACGUAAACAGCUGGCUACUAAAGCUGCUAGAAAAAGCGCCCCCUCUACUGGUGGAGUCAAGAAACCUCAUCGCUACAGACCUGGUACUGUGGCACUGCGUGAGAUUCGCCGUUACCAAAAGUCAACAGAACUUUUGAUUCGCAAACUUCCAUUUCAGAGACUCGUAAGGGAGAUUGCCCAAGAUUUCAAGACAGACUUAAGGUUCCAGAGUGCAGCCAUUGGUGCACUGCAGGAGGCUAGUGAAGCCUAUCUGGUGGGUCUGUUUGAAGACACAAAUCUCUGUGCCAUCCAUGCCAAGAGAGUUACCAUUAUGCCCAAAGACAUCCAGUUGGCUCGUAGGAUACGGGGAGAGAGGGCUUAAAAAGGAAGCAGUUUUUAUGGUGUUUUGUAGUAAAUUCUGUAAAAUACUUUGGUUUCAUUUUGUGACUUUUUUUGUAUGAAAUUGUUUAUAAUAUGUUACAUUUGUACUUAAGUCAUUCCAUCUUUCACUCAGGAUGAAUGCUAACAGUGACUGUUCACAUAAAACUCAGUGAUGUGAGCCCUGUUGCUCAGUAGUGACAAGUUGCUAAUAUGCAGAAGGGAUGGGUGAUCUUUCUUGCUUUUCAUGCAUGUUUCUGUAUGUUAAUGACUUGUUGGGUAGCUAAAAUUGUAAGGUACUAGAAUUGAUAUAAAUGUGUACAGGGUCCUUUUGCAAUAAAACUGGUUAUAACUUGAUUCAAGUGUUUAACAAAUUGGGGCUGUUAAGUUUGACCAUACAUCACUGUGACAGAAUGUGGACUUUCUGAGGGAUAAAAUACAAGUCUUAACCACAGUGUAACUUACAGUUUCCUAAAAAAAUGUAAACCUGGCAGCUAUAGAAUACACUAUGUGCAUUUAUAAUAGCUAUUUUAUAUAUUGUAGUGUCAACAUUUUUAAAUUAAAUGUUUUACAUUCA